AUGUCGUCGUCGUUGGUGCGUGCGCUGCGCAACAUCUGGCGCAUCGGUCCGCGUGAAUACAUUCGUCAGAUGAACGGUAUUGGUGACAGCAAGUACGGACGUCUUGUUGGGACCGACGUUUUUGGCAACAAGUACUUUGAAAACGACAAGGAGGAUGAGAUCUAUGGCCGCACCCGGUGGAUUGAAUACCCUACUCGGUUAUACGAGGUCAGCACUAUUUCGCCUGGAUGGCAUGCAUGGCUCACCCAGCGGGCCGAUACACCACCCAACGAGCUUGCUGCUGCUCAAAAGGCCAUCCAGGCCGUGCCUGGUCCUACCACGGCCACUAUCCAGACUUACACUGGCACUACUGGUGCCUAUGUUCCUUACAGCACAGUCAAGCCGAAGGUUCAGAAGUGGACUUGGUCCCCCAAGGUCGCUGAGCGGAUCUAG